AUGGAGCAGGACGAGCCAGAAACCACCUCCCCCGACUACCUUGUUUCUUUCCUGAAGGGGGCGAGCGAGCGAGCGAGCGGCGCUCCACCGCCGCGAGGGAGCGAGAGAGCUCUGCUCUGCCGCCGGUUGCUGCGCCGCCGUGGAGGCCCCAAACAAAACCUGGACCACACCCACCUCUCCCGCUUUGUCUCUCUCUCAACCCCACAAAUUUGUUCCCUCCCGUGCCUGAUCCAGAUCGGGCGAUGCGCCGCUCCUGUCCCAGCCUCCUCCCCCGUCGGCGGCCAUGCGUGUAUCACCCCAGCCUCCUUGCCCACCCACGGUCAUGCGUCCCUCCCUAAAGCCUCCUUCCCCGCUAGCCGUUACACGCCGCCCCAGUAUCCUUCCCCAUUGGAGGCCUCGAGCACCUCCCCCACUGACGACCUCGCGCCCGUCCCCAUCCUCCUUCCUUACGUGUGGCACCGCCCCACCUCCUGUCGGCCAUUCACCAGGCUCCUAUUUCACGCGUGGUGGCCGCGCCCCUCUCCCCAGGUCAAGGGUGUGCGCGUGAGCUUGUGUUUGAUGUUUCAGCCGCUGUCUCUCCUCAAAACUGGUGGUGUGUGCGCUACUCAUAGUGGUGAUUACGAGAUUGGGGCAGUUAGCUCGUCCCUCGUGUGCAGUUAUCUGAAGCCGAGAGAACCCUGAUUCGAUGGUGAUCGAUCACCUCCCUGAAGAUUGAGUGAGGUUAAGCUAGCUAGCCUGGCUCAAUUAACUUGGAUUGAUCCAGCCUAAUAGCUAGUGCAUUCAUGUUGGUUCUAGUACGUACCACCACUCCCUGGAAGAUGGAUGAAUGGAUGGAUGGCCAAAGCUAGCCUGUGUUUCACGGGAGCAUACUAUGAUGGAAUUUUUGUGAAGCAUCAGCAGUAGCUCAUGGAUGUCUCCUCCUGUUUUCUCUUUUGUUCUCUAUCUCAUUUUAGUUUACACUGCUAACUGCAUGCUGCCAACUGUGCUAGCUGCUUCUGCUUUUUUAGAAACAACAUGUUGCUGCUUUUAUUUGUG